UAUUCCAAGAAACAACUCUACACUGUGAUCGCCGACGUAGAAGCGUAUCCACAGUUUGUUCCCUAUUGUCUCGGAUCAAACCUCAUCAGCUAUAAAGCAUUGAAAGGAAGCGGAACGCUUGUGGUUGGUUACAAAGCGUUUGAGGAGCGUUACACAAGUCAGGUAGAGUGUCGAAAAUGGGAAAUGGUCAAAGCAACCGCAGGUGACUCGCCACUAUUUAAAUACUUGACUUCGACUUGGACCUUCCGCUCACCUGAAGAGAUCUCGUCCAAGACACUUCCUACUAGAGAUGAUUAUUCAACUUAUGUCUCCCUACAACUCGCCUUCGCCUUCGCUAGUCCCUUGCAUGCAGCUGUAGGAGAAUAUUUCUGGAAGAGUGUUAGUGAAAAGAUGGUCCUUGCUUUUGAAAGAAGGGUUGAAGAAGUCUACGGUAAACCG